AUGUUCUCUCUUUUUUUUUUUGUUUUUUUAUCCUUCCCUCCCUAUUUUAACAGAACAACUGUUAAUAAAAAUGGAAUUUACCAGCUGGAACAGGCUGCAAAAUGUAAAGCAAUUCAGGACAACAUUUUGUCAUCAUCUAUCAAGAAGAAAAGAUAUUCAGAAGAUUAUUAUCUUCACAUAGUCACAAAACUGCAGAACUGCACCUGGAUAAGGAGACCAGAAGAAUCUGCAAAAUUCAGGUCAGAAUUAGCUUCCUGCUGUGAUGCAGUUCACAAUUUUAUUGCUUCUCAAAACAACACCCCGCUGGGAAGUAACAUGAGUUAUGAAGUGGACAGUAAAAAGACCAUCCUCAUUACAGAUGACAUUUUUAAAAUGCUGCCUGUGUCCUCUCCUCUCUCAAUCUAUCCCUUCAAGACCUGUGCUGUGGUUGGAAAUGGAGGCAUUCUGAAAAAUUCCAGCUGCGGAGCUGAAAUCGAUAGUUCUGACUUUGUGUUUAGGUGUAACCUCCCUCCAACCGUGGGAAGCAUUAGCAAAGAUGUUGGCAAUAAAACAAACCUUGUGACUGUUAAUCCGAGUAUCAUAGCUCAAAAAUACAACAAAUUAAAUGAAAAGAAGAGAGAAUUUCUGGAGAACAUUGCGGUCUAUGGAGAUGCUUUCCUUUUAUUGCCAGCAUUUUCCUUCAGAAGCAACACAGCCACUUCUUUUAAAGUCUAUCACACUCUGCAAGAGUUCAAAGCAACGCAAAGGGCAAUAUUUUUUCACCCUUUCUAUCUGAAAAGUCUUGCCCAGUUCUGGAGAACUAAGGGUGUGAAAGCGUACCGGUUGUCAUCUGGUUUUAUGAUCACUAGUGCUGCUCUCGAGCUGUGUGAGAAUGUGAAGCUCUAUGGCUUCUGGCCUUUCUCAAAAUCCACAGAGAAGAUGCCAAUCAGCCACCACUAUUAUGACAACCAGCUGCCUAAACCAGGUUUCCAUGCAAUGCCCAAAGAAUACAACCAGAUCCUUCAGCUUCAUGGCAAAGGCAUUUUGAAGUUGCAGUUUGGUAAAUGUGAAUCAGACUAAAAAGGGUGAUGAUCUUAAGGAGGCAAUUUGUGUGUAUCUCAGCAGUUCCGUGUUGGAUUUGAUCUGAUGUGAUUUUUUGAGCAUUAAACUACAUUAUUGGAAUAGAGAAAUACUUUGCACUUGGGGAGAGAAGGAAAUGGGUUUUUUUUGUUUUUUUUCCACACAGUUGAGUGCUACAUUUCUGAAUUUUGAGUAAUCGUUUUCUAAAAUACAAAAUAACAUUGGGAAAUUCUGAAACUUCUGAUUAUUGGUUUAACGUAGCAAAGCACAAUCUUGGGAUGGUGGCAAUUUGUGACA